CAGGCGCUCCGGAGACACGCUCACUAUGCCGGAGAGUGUUUGUGUGGCCGCGAUGGGAGUUAACACAACCAAGUUUCUGGAGGUCCUGUUCCCAGCGUCGUUGCACUGAAAAAAAAACAACAACAAUACAACAAAAAGAAAAGACAUUGGCUUCUCUCUCUGUUUUUUUUUGGUUUCUCUCUCUCUCUCUCUCUCUCUCUCUCUCUCUCUCUCUCUCUCUCUCUCUCUCUCUCUCUCUCUCUCUGAGGGGGCUUGUCUGCGUUUUUUUGUCCGAGGCGUUUCUUCUCACAGGAUGUUGAUGAUAUUGGAUAAAGCCGGGUAAGAUCAUAAAGUCAGUUCUCUCUGAUGAGAACGACCUCCUCCUCCUCCUCCUCUUCCUCCUCUCACCACCACCGCCACACAAAGGGAACCACGGAACAAGUACUUUUUCUUUUUUUUUUUCCUCACACGCCAUCGUUUUUAUUUUUAUUUUCUGUUUUAUUUUUUUUGAAUGUCAUCAAGAAGCAGAGGGGGCUGUUUCAAAGACAAAAUGGAUCACUUUGCAGCGGAGUGCCUUGUUUCAAUGUCCAGUCGUGCAAUUGUCCACGCUCCUAAAGGGAAUAGGGAGAUUAAACCAGAGAUCCCGUCCUCCUCCAGGAACGGGGAGGAAAUCAAAGAGCCCCUGGUGAAGGACAACUCCUCUCUCUUCGUGGUGGCGCGGAUCCUGGCGGAUUUUAACCAGCAGCAGACUCCUAACAAUGUUGCCGAGCAGGCAAAAAUAAAGGACGAGAGCACGCCGAGCCUCAGAGAUGAUGGAAACUCUGCCACACCUACCACCAUCUCCGAUCCUGCGCUCAAACAAAGAGGCAAAAGAUCGCGGGGUCGGACUGAGCAAGAGUCGCCUCAGAAAAAGCACAAAUGCCACUAUUCAGGUUGUGAAAAAGUUUAUGGCAAAUCAUCCCACCUCAAAGCCCACCUAAGGACACACACAGGAGAACGGCCUUUCCCAUGUACCUGGCCUGACUGCAGUAAGAAGUUCGCCCGUUCUGACGAGCUGGCGCGCCACUAUCGCACCCACACGGGGGAGAAGAAGUUCGGCUGCCCGCUUUGUGACAAGCGCUUCAUGCGCAGCGACCACCUGAUGAAGCACGCCCGGCGCCACUCAGAUUUCCAGCCCGGCAUGCUGAAGAGGCCCCACGGCGGCAGCGGCGGCGGCGCUACCACACGUCCCAGCUCCCUCAGCGACUACAGCCGCUCGGACGCCUCCAGCCCCACCCUCAGCCCCACCCUCAGCCCAGCCAACUCGCCUUAAACUGAAAACCCUGUCGCACUUUCUGCCUCUGACCUGGGAGGCCUGUGUUUUUGUCAUAACACUUGUGUUGCACAGUUGUCAGAACCCCCCCGCCCUUUCCCCGCCGCCCCGUUGCUAUUCCUGCGCUUGCUGUGGUGUACCAUACUGUACAUAACUGCUUAUUGUAGUGCAAUUACUUGUGUGAUCCUAAAAGAAGGUAAUGCCUUUCCCAGAUGGCAAUAUUUACAUUCUGUACCAUAUGUCUGUAUUUUUUUAGCUUCUGAUCAUGGCUAGUUGUCCAAUGUAUGUUCGCAGUCAGCUAAACAAGGUUUAGAAGAAGAGAAAACAGACACCCUGACAAGUCUUAUCAAAAUGGCUCUUUUUUUUUUGGUGUUUUUCUCUGGUUUUUUUUUUUUUUUUGAACGGGUGAGGAGAGGGGCCACACACACACACACCUCAGGAUUGAAGACAGUUGCUAUUUCUGUAAUACCACAGUACUUUAAAAGUACUCACAUUGACUGCACAAUAUACUCAUCACUUUACUCUGAAAUUCAACGGGGGUUGAAUUUUACGCCCUGCUCAGGGAUGGCCUUGUUAGCUUGAAAGAAUGAACAUGGUGAAGAGAGAGAAACAUACAGUACAUAUAUAGCAGCCUUACACUCAACACAAUUUGCACUCUGUUGUUUUGUUUUUUUUUAAUUUUUGAUUUGUUGGUUUUUACGUUUGAGGGAAACUCGCUCUGCGGUCACACGGUCAAUCAUACACCGGACUCUGUUCCCCCAUCGUGUUCCAGGGAGGGGGUUUUCACAUGUAAUGUAAACGCUGUGUGUUUAAGAAGAGAACCCACCUCAGUAAACACAAUACAGCUGUUCCUCCACCGCAACGGUAAUAUUCAGUUGCUGUGACAUUGGGUGAAAUAUGUGUUUCAUUACGCGGCGGCAUGCAGCGUUAUACUGUGUGAAUCUGCAUUGUGGGAGGAUCGGGAUAAUAUCGGGUCGGCAGGUUUUAUAAAUACACUCUGUCUAAGAAGCUCGCGACCCUUUAAAUAGAGACAGUUAAGUUUCAAAGCAGCUGUUUUUCUUUAAAAAAAGAAAGCGCUGUAUCAUCAGCCGAAACGGACACAAAGGGACUUUAGUUGAAACAAUGUUUAUCCUUCUCCUCUCAAGCACAUAGGAAAAAGUACCAAAGACAAGAGUGAAUGAAAGCUUUCUAUUCAGUCUUGUGAGCCGCCCUUCAUCGAGGCCUGGGGCUGGUGUUUGGCAGUAUCACAGGUAGAGCCAGACAGCCGGCUCACUUCCCUCCUCCUUGCCUUUUCGCCUUUUGUGGCCUCCCUGGAGGAAACAGCUGCAUCCCACAAGAAGCCAUUCACAGCCCGCAGGAGGAGUGCAAACAUGCCACUGCUGGGGGAGUCCUGCCUCACCCAUCUGGCUCUACCUGUCCUGCCAGAGAGUGGAGCCUCUCAAAAUUGCGUAAGGGUUGCUUAACUCUGAUGGGGGGGGUUCAGAUGUAGGCCAGAGAGUGUCGGGGCAGAGCCGGGGCUGGGCCGAGACAUCGUGGAUCACCGAGCGAACAAAGCGGCUAUCUGCAAUAGACAGGCAAGAGAGGGCAGGUCCUGAUAAAAGAGGAGAGGUUUAUCACGAGCCAAGCAGUACAGAGGAGGAGACACCCGGUCGCGGACACCCCCACCUCCUCCUUCCUCCCUCCAACUGUAGAAACCGUGAGUGGAAAAAAAAAAGUGGCUGCAAUUAGUGGCUUGAUUCAACCUGUGUGAUAAGACAGCAAGAGAUGAACAACAGUACUACCUAGACGAUGCUAGCAGCGUGGAUGGGAUGUACCAUCCUAAGCACAGGGAGAAAAACCCUCUACUACUACUGCUACUGCUGGAGAGUCGGAAAUUUCACAAUGCCAAGGAAAAAUGUUGCUCCAAAAACUCAACUCAAACAGCUGCUUUCAAACUUCUCGCUCGCGAAAAAGAAAAAAAAGACAACCAAGGGGGGGGGGGGGCUUUUAAACUGUUGUAAAAACAUUUGAACCAAAACGAACAUAUCAGCAAAGUGCAGCGCUCCACCAGCCUCACGUCGUCCUGCCUGUGAAGCUCCGAUGUCCCGUGAGAAAGCUGACUUGUGUUUCUAGACAGACAUGCCUCAAUAAAUCAGGCAAAAGGCACAGUAAAACCUUCCAUGGAACCAGGCACCACUAUCAAAACUGCUGCAGCCCCCGCCAGUCUGUGUUAUGCCUACAUUUUCUUUUAAUGCUUCGGCCGGAAACCGUCUCAUCCAUGUAUCUGGUCCCGUCAGACCCCCUCCAGACGGUCGUCAUCGCGAAUCGCAUGAUAUGCAUGCUAACAACUUUGCCUUUGGAAGCGUCGAAGGGGGCUUUUUUUUUUUUCUGAGGCGGUUCUGGCAGGUGUAAGUUCAUGAAUGGCGGGCCUUGUCCCUGUUCCCUUCGCAGCAGCCAUCUUCUCUUUAAAGUUGUGAAGAAUCAGCUCUGUCACAUCCUCCAGAGAGAAAACAUCCCUUAUUUUAGAUCGAACGCAGUAGUUUCCUCAUAACACAACCCUCUGUAAAGAUGUUUAAAUAGUUUCCAGGCUGCAAAGAUGACGCUUCGAAUGCCACUGAUCAGCAGCUCUUAGUGAAAAAGAAGCACUGAGAGGUUUUUUGUUUUUUUUUUCGUUUACCGUUUCUGGAAAAUUCAAAACUGCCGUUGAGCGGCUUUUUUUUUCGUGGUUUCAAUCCACGACCUUUUUCUUUUUUUUUUUUUUUCUUUUUGGUCAAUUUCUGACUUGAUUUGUAGUGUAAACAACAACAACAACAACAACAACAAAACGAAAAGAAUCUCAGUAGCUCACCCUCAAGCAUGCUAAGUUAAUCACUUCUUAAUCCAUAAUCUGCACAUUUACCUCAGGGUCGACAUCCGCAAAGCAGAUGUGGGACAGUUUGUGGAUUUUUGUUCUAAUACCAGUUGCUGCACAGAAAUGUCUGCCAGCCCCCCCAUCCCCCAUCCCCCACCCUCCCUGGUGUUCCUGGGUGCUUCGUGCUCACUGCUGGUCAGUGUCCGACCACACUGGAAACACAGGAACGCCUCCGAAACGGGGUCCAGCUCCUGCCUGUAAUGUCUUCAUAACAUCCUGCAGUCCUGUCUUAAAGUAAGCACUGGGCACCGUGGAGCCGUUUUUUUCAGUGAAACGCCCCUUUAAAAACACCGUUGUUUGACCCCCCGUGUCAGUGGACUUACAGUAGGCGACGGGAAAACGAAAAGCGACUGUGACCGUGUGAACAAACCCCAGUCUAUCCAUCCAUCCAGACUGCAACGGUGACAUGUAGGCCUCCACAGGCAGAGUGUCUCAUAACUUUUUAUUCUCACUGUAUCAAAUCUACUUGAAUAAUUCAAAACAAAAGGCCAUUGAACACAGUUUUGUACAUUGUCCAUUUUUACUGUACUUGCUUUUGUUGUCAAAUGAUAAUUAACCUCUCUGGAGAAAAAAAAAAGAUGUACAGUAUGUUUUUUUUUUAAUUUGUUUUGUUGUUUCUUUUUUUUCCAUUGUCUUCAGGUCAUUUCAGCAACUAUUUUUCAAUAUUUUACCGCAGCAUUAAGGAUGACUGUUUGUGUCGGGACUGUUUUUAUAAGCACCAUACUCUGUUUGCAAAAAAAAAAAAUACACACACAUCAUUUUAAGCCCCACUAACGGGGUUCACCCCUUUAAUCAGAACAGCUACUUUACUCUGUUGAUGUCAGGAUGGGGGUUCCUCCAGUUGGCCCGCAAUCCAAAAAAAUUUCCUCCAAGUCAAAAACUGAAAGGAUCGGUCGGUGGUGACGAUAAGAAAUAAGGAAACUUCCUGACCUCUUAUGUACGACAAUUUCAGAUGGAUUGACUCAUUUUCUUUGCUAUUUUUAGAUUCUUCUGAACGUUUUUUCCAUAAGAAUAUAGAGACCACAGCAUUGUGAGUUAGCAAUGUAGUCAUGAUUUUUAUUAUUAUUAUUAUUAUUAUUAUUAUUGCUUUUUUGUGUGUGUGUCUCAUAUGAAAUGUUUAAGCUUGUAUAUUUUUUUUUCUCAAAAAUCAUACCUCUUGAAAUAUGUUGUACCUUCAUAUCUUUUUUCAAAAACAUCCAUCAUGUAGCUUACGUUCGCUUGACGAGUAGCACAAAUAAUCGGUGGUUUUUAUUUGCCCCUACUUGAAUGAAGAAGGAAAAGAAAGAAAGAAAGAAAGAAAGAAAGAAAGAAAGAAAGAAAGAAAGAAAGAAAGAAAGAAAGAAAGAAAGAAAGAAAGAAAGAAAGAGACUUUUUUUCUGUACAAAAAACAAAAAAAAAACGAAAACAAAACACUGGGCUACAUUUUUAUAUGACCAUCCCAUGUCGUCAGGGUUGUGCACAUCCUUGUAGAUUCAAGAAGUUAUCUUUCCAGGAAAUAA